AUAAAGCAUGAACAAGUUUCACAUGUAACCAACUACUCACUGAUCAACUUCUCAAGUCACAAAAGUUUUGCAAUGUCCUUCAAAGCAUCUGAUUACACAAGAUUUACCGAUUUCAGAAUCACAUCACCAGCUCAUGGAGUGGUCCAUGUUGAGGUUAAUAGACCAAAAAAGGUCAACUCGUUUGCUCAACAAACUUGGGAACAGUAUCGUGAGAUCUUUGAUCAAUUGAACAAGACAGAUACAAGGGCUGUGGUACUCAGUGGUGUUGGUAAGCACUUUUGUUCUGGUUUAGACAUCAAGACAAGCUUGAAAUCAUUGGUUUCUAUGGACCAUCAGUCCGGUGAGCUUUUUAUCAAGGAGUUUCAGGAUUGUAUUGCCUCACCUUUAAAGUCCCAUAUACCUGUGAUUAGCGUCUCCCAUGGUGUAAGCUAUGGGCUGGCCUUGGACAUUGUAAGUGCAACAACAAUUAGACUGUGCACUGCCGAUGUCAAGUUCAGUAUCAAGGAAAUCGACAUUGGCAUCAUGGCUGAUAUUGGCUCGUUGCAAAGAUUGGGCUACCUGGUUAAUAACCAAUCAAAGCUGAAUGAAUUGGCCUUGACUGCUAGAGACUUUGGCAGUGAAGCAGCGUUUGAUCUGGGACUGGUAUCAAAUGUGUUUGAAGAUAAGAAAAGUGCCAUUGACAGUGCAAUCUCCUUGGCCAUUGAAAUAUCCAAGAAAUACGCACCAGCUGUUGUUGGUACGAAGAAGCAUUUGGAGAUGAUGACUACAAACAGUGACUGGUGCCAUCAUGGCUUGGAUUCCGUUGCUAAGGAUAAUGCUAAGUUGAUGUCUGAAGAUGCCUAUAGAGACUUUAUCACGACAUUCAUGAAACAAAUGAUGUCUAGAAAGUCGAAGUUAUGAAUACUAUUGGUGCCGAAUGUGUCUUUAUGUGAUGUUCCACGCUAGUUUGGCUCUAGUAGACUACAGCAGAGGUUAUACUGCUUACAUGUAGUGAUUCAUGAGGUGGUAUAUAGAAGAUGUUGCAUAUAGAAUUAGACGUUCUAUAGUCUCAGAACAAGUAUAAAAAGG